AUGACGACCACGUCGUGCGAGGCCAGCAUGGAGAAAGGGAGGGUGCCGACAGCCGCCACACAAGGGCACCACACGGGGAUGAUUGGUAGAGGUCGAUGCCGGCAAAUACGUCCGCGCCAACUGGCUCGCAGCCCUCCCCGACAAGAGGCAGAGGAGGCCCUCAACGGCCGGAAAACGACCAGGGAGAGCAGCACAGAGGGGAGGGUGCACACGGCCACGCAGCCCCGCCGCCGGCAUGCCCGCGGCCAAACUGCGCGCACCACGCUGAUGUUGGGCCCCUGCACGCGCACGCAUAGAAUGAGCACGCAGCCCCGCCGUCGGCUCGCCCUCGGCCAAACCACGCGCCCCACGCCGCUGCAGGGCCACCCUCAGAUCUGGACCGAGACGGAGCCACCGAAACUCCUCACUGGCCGCGAACAACGAGCAGGAGGAGCGGCUGCGCCGACGCAGGACACCGAAACCGGGUCACGGCCGGCAGCACCGAGCGUCAGUGCGCCGCAUGCCGCGACCUGGCCGCGUGCCCAGGCGCCCGCCUGCCACAGCAGCAACAGGCCGCGCCCGCAGCGCGAGGGCACGCCGCCACCGCGCUCACGACCGCCCGCAGCGUUGUAUGCGGGGCGAGCCCGUAGUGAUGCCGCAGCUCAGGCUAGACGCCGUAGUACUGGGCGCCGGAUACGGAGGUGGGGAAGGUGGAUCCAGUCACGGGGAGGCCGGAUCCGCCCUGCCGGCCAUCUGAGCCAGCCGGAGACGGGGAAGAAAGGGGCAGCCGCCGGCGCUAUCGGGGUAGAGGAAAAUGGCAGAUCCGGUCACCGGCGUUCCGGAUCCGCGCGGCCGGCUGCUGCUGCGCACGCCACGAGGAGACCGGAGGAGGCGAUGGAGGGAGAAGGGCCGGAGCAACGCGCAGCCGUCAAGCCGCACCAUGGGCUGAGCACACGCCCGGAGAGACCUCGCCGCCGCCGUCCUUGGGAGCUGCACGGGCUUCCGGCGGCUGCCUCCAGCAGCAACGAGGCGCAGCUGUGCUGGCGAGGGGCUGCGGCGGCUGGGUCACCUUGUCAAAUAAAUCCUUCUAAGAAGGCUGACACUAAUCUUGUUAGAGAAAUCUAUUCUCCAAACCCUAACCCAACCUCACUCAAACUCGUGAAGCCUACUGGAAUUAGAGAGAAGGGUAAAGAGGUCAAGCAAUAA